ACACCGCCUGGUAAUAACUUAGUUACCGGGUUUCUCAGAGUGUAGUAAUAAUUAAUGGAAUUUGUAUACUGAAAUAAGAUCAAGUCUGAUGAGAAACUUGUAAUCAAUUGGACUUUGGAAACUUUAUAGUAAAGUAUACUAAACUUUGUAAACUUUGUAUAGUAAACUUUGGAAAUUUUAUGAUUGGCUUUUCAGUUAGAAAAGACGUUUACUCUUCGACAAGUAAAAUUUUUAUUAACUGCAUAUUACGUAAAUCACCCUACCCCAUCACAAAGUAAUUGGGAAAAGUAACUCUAGAUAAAGAAAGUGACGCAAAGUACCCCAACAUUGUGCACGUUUAACUUCAUAUGAAGGAGCGAUGUCAUACAUAGCGUACAUGCCAGAUCGCAAUACCCUACAUGAAACAAGGCUACCCCAUAUAGUCAGAACUCGGCAUGGUCUAUCACCCACAUUGAGUUAAACGCCAGCAUUUUUUACUUUCAGUCAGUUUCCUUCCCAAUUCAUCCAAGAUUUCAGUGUUGUAUAUAAAUCUUAGUAAAAUUAAUUAAACGCUAACAAUUAUUAAUUAAAAAUGGACUCGGCGGAGGUCAAGCGUCUUUUAACGCAACUGGAUUUGAAUGAGUAUAUUAAAACAUUUGAAGAAAACAAUAUAAGUUACGACACACUGUUACAACUGGACAAUUCCCACGUUCGUGAACUCCUUCCUCGAAUAGGAGACCAGAUAAAACUUUGUGCCGCCAUCGACAAGAUAAAGAAAGGGGAUAUCUAUACAGGGAAUGUACCAAGCAGUGAAAGCGGUGAAGAGGUGGAAUCGCUUUUCGAGGGAUCAUUGAUAAGCAGUAAUGAAGCUCGUUGUCGCGGAUUACAACUUCCUCCGGAACUUGUGAAAAGCUUCAAACAAAACCCUGCAACUAUUCAGACGCCGCAAUCAAAAUUUAUGCAGGUCCCCCAGAUUGACGGCACGCCGGUCCAGCCCUUGAUAUAUAUUGCUGGGGACAAUUUAAGUGAAAAUGCGAAUUGCCACGAGCAUGAGGUAAUCCACUACGAAAUAAUUCAAGAUACUGGGGCCGCGGCGCAACCAGAGCCAGAUAGGUUGACAGAAGUACAGGGAAAAAAAUACUACGGAUUUAAUAUCGAGGAGGUUCUUCUCAAAGGCUUUGCUGGUUCAAAGGUGUUAACGACCAAACUUCCACAGAAGAAACUAAUCAUUUCAACCGACCGUCGAGCAAUUGCUGCGGCCCUAAUAGAUAAAGUUAUUUCAACUCUUGGAACAAGCCCAAGUAAAGUGGCUUUAGAGCAACUGGCGAAGGACCUGGUUCUUUUGUUUCCUGGCCUAGGGGACCCUCGAAAAGAAGGCCGUGGAUAUGAGAUGUGGUUUUUCCACUCCCAUCACGGACUUGGGGCAUCAGGAUUUUUGGAAGACCGGCUCAAGAAUCAAAGGAAAAAGGUUACUUCCAAUAAGAAAACUCAAUUAAAUACUGAGUCGUUGGACGCAACUUUUUUAGACUGGUCUUCAGAAAUUGAAGAUGAAAAUCCUACGCCGGACGAGAAAGAGUUGGAGUUCCUGCGUCAAAAUCACGGCCAGGAAAUCAAAAUAAAGAUGAAAGAGACAGUUUUUCAAAGAAGAACUUUCAUUCGCCAACAGACAGGAGUGGACGGGUUGUUGAGCAUUAUCAAAUGUAUGCCGAGAUUGGUUGAUACGGAAGGAAUGAUAAUUCAAGAUUUCGACGUGAGACAUCCCAAACUGGCCUUGAUAUUGUACGAUAAAUGGCCAAAGGUUUCUAAACUACUGAUGGACUACGCUGAGGAGUGUGGCAUUGACUUUGCAGACAAGCUUGGAGUUAAAAAAUCAAGAUACGAACUGUUGGAUGAUGAUUUUCAAUUGUUGGCUUUCGCUUUGCUGCCAUACAUUUUACCGUCAUGUGGAAAAAAGUUAAAAACUAUUGACGACAAAGAAUCUGAUGCAGUCGCGCCCGCGAAGAAGGGAACGCGAAAACAAGCGAAAGUUGUUAAAGGAUCGGAUAAGGAUUCAAUGGCUAGCAUGAUUCAGUUUCGAUCACGAGCUACUCAUGUUAGUGAAGUAAUGCAAGGGAAUCGCAAAGUUGCACCAUUUAUUCUGGCCGUUGGAUCAACAUGCAACAUGGAAUUUGCAGAAUUUUUCGUUGUCAUCGCUAAGUGUGCUAUUCCAUGCGGUCAAAAGUUCCUCAAGGCGUUAGACACGAAGGCAUGAAGUGCUUCACGGUUCUCAACAUCCCACCGCCAGUGGAAUCUUGCGAUCACUGGAAAUUUAUUUUGAGUGGAGUUUGUGGCAUGCCGUAUGAGAUUGGGCAUCUUCCUCCGGUGGUGCAGGCACUCAGUGGCAAAUUAUGUCAAGAAUUUCUUAGGACGUAUACAGACUUGUAUUAAAUAAUUAGCUAAAUAAUCUUAUUAAUAUAAAUAUGGUUUAAUUGUAAUGAUGAAUUGACAUAUGCUGUUACAAUAAAUACAAAUGAAAAGCAA